AGUGGUAGCGACGAAGCAGCCGAUGCAUGUCCACGUGCCUGCAACGUCGCUAGCAAGGGCAGCCUCUCGUGACGCCACGGGGUGGGGUUUGCUGCUCUUGGUGCUGCUCUGGUAAUACUGGUUCUGAGGCAUGCAUAAUCUGUAUGGACUAGUCUGUGUACGCAUACGGUUCUUUACGGUAGUCCGACACUAGUUAGAAGUUUGAGUCUCUGAUCGGGUGGUUAAUAUCUUGAUACAGCGGUUGUCCCUAGUACUUCCUUAGUCAUUGCUUUCUUAGCCUGGUAGUGUAGCAACUCAAAAAAGAGCUUGCAACAACUUUGGACUUAACUCUUGACGAUUAUACCCUCCUGCAGAAACUGCCGUUACUGAGGAACGUAAAACGCAGUUAAUAAGACUGGUGCACAUAACCCGAGCUGCAGUUUUGCUCGGCUAUGGCGUUGUCUAUUCCGAGAACCCUCGGAGAGUUGCAGCUCUAUAGGAUACUACAGCGAGCCAACUUGCUAUCCUACUAUGAUGCUUUCAUCCAGCAAGGAGGAGACGAUGUCCAGCAGUUGUGUGAGGCCGGAGAAGAAGAAUUUUUGGAGAUCAUGGCACUCGUAGGUAUGGCCAGCAAGCCUCUGCAUGUUCGUAGGUUGCAGAAAGCACUGAGGGACUGGGUGACAAACCCCACUCUUUUUAACCAACCCCUCACUUCAUUGCCUGUUAGCAGCAUUCCCAUUUACAAACUGCCAGAGGGCUCACCAACUCUGUUAGGUCUGCCUUCCAACAGCUAUGAAAGGACCAACAAUUCCCGGGAGCCUCAUGUCAAAGUCCCAAAAUGUCUAGCUGCCACGUGUGUGCAAAGCCUCGGAUCUGGAAAACCUGAGGGAAUGGCGACAUCCCCUUUGCAAACUAGUAGUGACAGCAGAUUGUGGCAGAGCCAUCACACUACGGACAGUGAACACAGCCUUUCUCCUGCAGAGCUGGUUUCACCAGCUUCUCCAAAAGAGACGCCUGAAGUCCUGGAUGCAGCCGCUGUUCUGUCAGUCAUGGAAUGUGUAGAGCGUAUGGUGCCGAGUCUUCCCAAGACUGACCCAAACGAAGUGAAGGAACUACUGAAAAACAACAAAAAGCUAGCAAAAAUGAUAGGGCACAUCUUUGAAAUGAGUGACGAGGAUCCUCACAAGGAGGAGGAGAUCCGCAAGUAUAGUGCGAUCUAUGGGAGGUUUGAUUCCAAAAGAAAAGAUGGAAAGCAUCUCACACUCCAUGAGUUAACAGUGAAUGAAGCAGCAGCACAGCUGUGUAUGGCAGACAUGGCCCUUCUUACAAGGAGGGACGAACUUUUUGCACUGGCUCGACAAAUCUCGCGGGAGGUGACGUACAAGUAUACGUACAGGACUAGCAAAUCAAGAUGUGGUGAAAGAGAUGAGCCAUCUCCUAAAAGAAUAAAGACAGAGGAUAUUUUUUCUGACUGUCCAGAAGCUUUCCAAGUGUACCAGCAGAAACGACAUGCAUUGAAGGAGCAGCUGGCCUUGGCCAGUGCUAAAGGGGAAGAAAGUGCAGUUCUUAGCCUACAGGCUCAACUUGACAGGCUGGAAGCAAAACCCUUUGAAAUUCUUCGUAAUCAAGCAGGAUUAGACAGGCUACAGCUGUCUGAAAGACGUCACUCAGAAAGUUUCUAUAACCACAUUUCUAUGGAACAGAACACAAGUGGUCAGUCAGCAGAUAACACAGAUGGGUCAGGAGAUCGACCUUUGAAUCUUAGGAUCUCGAAUCAUCAGAGCAGACAUCAGCAGCAGAUGGCAUCCAUUGAGGAUCAGCCACCAUUGAAGCGCAUCUUGGGUGAAGUGUCUCGAUCUUACUCAAACACUGAAGGGAAAUCUCCAUCCCCAGAAAAUCCUGGGCUAUUAGCAGGCUACUGCCAUAAGGUCCAAAAUAACUCUGAAAAUAAAGUCAUCAAAACAGAGCCUGAAGAUUCCAGAUAGUUUCUUUUCAUUAACCUUAUUUUUUGAGUGAUGAAAUUCAAAACUCCAGCUCAAGCACAGAAACAUUAGCCUUAAUAACCAGCGUUGCCUCGUUUACAUUACUGACUUCUGUCGCCAAAGCCUAAGUUAACUGCUCGCUUGAAAAGAGUGAAAAUACUACUUUAAGUGGGAUGUACAAUAACUGCGUACAAUAGUCACUUGAUGCACAUGUUUGUUUAAUGGAGUUUAUAUUGUAUGUCAGUGUUCGCAUUGUAUUGUGUGCCUAAUUAUUUAAGGUUUUCCUGUGUUUAAUUUAAUUUUUAAUUAUAACAAGAUACACAGCAUUGGUCUCUGAAGAGAUUACUGUUGUGGGCAUAGUCCUUUUACUUGAAAAUUUCUUUGAAAUUUUAAGCAGUCAUGGCCUAAUAGUAAACUGCGACAAAUUGAUUCAUUUGAAUCGAAAGACAAACAUUUGUAUCAGCACUCUGUCUGAUUUUUAAUCUUGUUCAUUUACUAAAAAAGGUGUAAAAUGCUAGUUUUACCAUGUAAAUCUACUUAGUUUGAUUUGUAACCUUUGUUCAUUUACAAAAAAAGUAUUGUGUGAAAUACUAGUUUUACCAUAUAAAUCAUUGUCUGCUUCCUUCUGUCUCCUCCACUGUAUUUUUCCUGUUAUCUGUGUUUUCAGCCUGGAAGUCUUACUUUGCUGACCAAAGUAUCACAACUUUUGCAUAGUGUCAUUAAUACUUUCUAACAUUUUGCAUGUCCAAAACUGAACCAUUUGUCACAACAAGGUAUGCCUUUUAAGGUCCGUAUCAUUUUCUCUGUAACAUAGUGUCGCAGCCUAGGUGAUGAAGUCAAUAAGUCACAUGCAGAGUCUUUCAUAAUGCCAUUUAUGUUGCAUCACAUUUUUUAAUAACUAAGAAAGCCUUAUAACUGAAACACCACUUGGAAUAAAAUAAUAAUUAUUAUUAAAAUGCCAUGUUAUUUAAUGUUUUAUUGAUUAUAUUUGUUGAAUUCUUAUAAAAACAAAUGCUUAGAUUAGUCAGUAGGUGUUGUGACUUUGUUAUUUGCAAAAUAAUGAAUGUUCAGUCUUACUUGUCUGUUCUUAUGUGAUGUAAUUAAUAAGAAAUGUGGUGAUGAGAUUUUAGAAAGUUUGUAUCUUACUGUCAGUCAGGACAUUUCAGUGUCUCUGUGUUACAAGAAGGACAUAAAGUGGCUGCACCCACCGUUGUUCAUCUUACAAACAUACAAAGUAGAUAAGGCUUAAUAAAAACACUUGAAAUAAUGUAUUAGAAGUUUUCUGUCAGCAGCCUGGUUUCAUCACAUAGUGCAUUUUGUUAUCUGUGGCCAUUCUGUCUAUUAUUUGCAUGUUAACAGUUGCUGUAUCUUUCAAUAAUUUGAUAAAAGGUCAGCACUUGUAUGUACGAAUAGGUAGAUGACAAAAAGUAUCAAAUUAAAAACUCACAAUAAGUAAGAUGCGCACCAUUUUUUAUGUUGUAAACACUAAUGUAUUUAAUUUGUUAUACAUGAACAUUAAAAUAUAUAUUUUUUAAUUUGA